AUGGCUGCCUCCAAAAAGAUAUUAAUUAUAAUUGGGGCAACAGGAAACCAGGGCUCCUCUGUGGUAGACGAGUUUCUCAAACUACCCAACCGGAAUAUUCGCUGCCUCACACGGAAACCCACCUCCUCCGCCUCCUUCGCUUUAUCUGCUCUUGGAGCAGAGGUGGUCCAACCCGGCCUCUCGGACCUCUCCUCUCUUUCCAAAGGAUUUGCCAAUAUCAACGCCAUUUUCCUGAACACCAAAUUUCUGGGAAACAUUCAGGGCAAUAUUACAGGCGAAGCCUUCCGUCGGCGAGAAGCCAUGGUCAUCGAAUACAUCUUGAACGAGCAACCUGAACUGGCCGAGAAAGUCUCCCUCAACUACCUUUGCGGCUACAACACCGAUCCCAUGCUCAUUCCAAGAUUCAACCGUGCUAGUGGGAAGUACUCAUUUGCCUUACCGUUGGCAAAGGAUGUACGCAUAUCGAUUAUAGACCCCAAGGAGCCAACGGGACCUUUCGUUCUUCCAUUGGUUGAGGAUGAGGAUGCUGGCACCAAGCUUCUUGCUUACGAUGCAAAGAGCUACCUGACCAUUGGAGAGAUUGUCGAUCUUUGGUCGAAGACAAGUGGCCAAGAUGUAGUCUUGCAGAAAGUUUGGCAUCUCAAUGGAGGUGCUUGUGCGCUUGGAUUCAUCAGAGAGUAUGGGUAUAUGGGUGGGGUGAAUAAUUUCCUCGAGCCUUCGCAGCUGGAGAAGUAG